AUAAUCACCACCAGUAGUAAACUGGCUUUAUUUUUUUAAUUGUUCUAUUAACUUGCAGUACUAAUAAUGAAACUCCUGAAGUUUAUUCCAUAUUGCUAAUGGCAACCUGAUUUUUAUUAUGUGUUGAUGCUGUUUAUAAAUCAAGUUCGACUGGUGCUGUCUGUCCAGAUAAUUCUAGAAUUAUAUCUGUGUUAUAUGUUCCAAAUGUCAAUGUUCAGAUUACUUUUAAAACAUGUACCAGUAUCUUUUUGUACUGGUAUACUGGUUAGUCCAAAACGAAGUAAAUUUUCGAAUAUAUUUGAAAUUAGGUAUAUUGAAUAUAGUAAAUUCUGGUCGAAUUUUGAUAAUUUUUUAAUGAAAAUAUAUAAUUUUGUGCAAUUGGCAUCUGAUGUUCAGACUGUCUAAUGCUUAUUCAAAAUUGAUUGCUGUAGAAAUCCAAUUAAAACGGCCUGUACGAAAUUUUUCAUAUUUUAAAAGUCAAUUUAAGUGAAUGUGUCGACUUUUUUUUGAACCAAUAAUAUAUAUUUCAUCCACAAAUCUAUCGUUUCGCAAUAUAUUCACAUUAGUCAGCUUUUCAGAUAUGGCCAUUCUAGUAGGCUAAUUAGUUACGGUGACAACAAAAUCAUGAAUUUGGUUGCAGUUGCAUACCUAAUCAGAUUUAUUGACUGAAUCUUUGUUCAUUUUUGAAUUACAUGUGCUUAAAUUGAAUGUAGUUGUUGGUUGCUAGGCUUAAAAAUUGGCCCACAUUAUACUCUUCCAAUAUGGCUUGUGUACAAUUCUUAAUAAUUGUGCGGAUAGUCCACAUAUCUGGUAGCCUCUUAUAAAUAUAAAGCAUUAAGUAUCUGGUUAGCGUGGGUUCAUGGUGUGAUAAUAUAAAACAUAUGCUUUUUAUUUACGCUGCUGUGUUAUACACCUAAAUCCAUUAUCCAAUGUAUUCUUUGAACUGUUGAAAAAUGCUCCAUUCUAUCUACAUUUCGUGCUUAAUUUAUCUUUGGUAAGCCAUUCAGAUGUAUAAUACUAUUUUGGAUUCUGUAUACACCUUCCGAAUGAUCUGGGUUAAAUGAAAGAUGGUUCUAUGUUUGUGUUCUGUUCGAUUUUGAUUUUUUUUCCACCACUGCCUGUUUUGAUUUUUGUAGUUGGUAACUUUUGUAAAUGUCUUCGAUGUUCUUGGAUUGUUAAUUUUGUAUAAAUUUUUUUUGUCUAGGUUAUGGUUUUUCACGUUUUACUUCAUCGCUAUAAGUAGUUUAGAAAUUGAUUUCAACUGUGUUAUAUUCUGUGUUUUGCAAAAGAAGCCAGAGGAAAAGAAAUUUUCCAUUCUGAAAGUGCAUUGAAUUCUUGUUCUUUCAUAACAUUCCAAAAACGAUGGAAGACAUAGUAAAAUAUGUUCAGGAGUUGAACAAAAAAAGAGGAAGAAUGAAAUCACAACGAUCACGAGCUUAUCAGAAAAGUAAUAUUGGGAAGCGUACAGGAAAGAUUAUUAAAAUUGGUGGUAUGCAUGAUACAUCAUCACUUUUCAAGUCACUCGAUUCAUCAGAUUCAUCUGUGAACUUGAAUACUUCAAGGGCAUCUGUACCGGUUUCAGUAAAAUCUGUUGGCAUUCCGGACCCUCCUGCAUUUGAUAACAGUAGUGAGAGUGGAGACUGCAUUGACGAUGGCGUUACAAUGGCGGAAGCGACUCAAACACAAAAUUUGGAUCCUGGAUCAUCAACAAGCAAGACCUUUGUUGACCAGUCUGUUCAACAUUCCCCUCCAGUCAUUAGAAGAACGUUAGUGGAUCAGUCAAUACAACACUCGGAUUCUGAGGACGUUGUGGAAAUGAGAGCAACAUCACAAUCACAGAAGAACGGAUCAAGCCAGGAAAAGAAUAAAAAUAAAUCUGAUACAAGCAAGAUGUUUGUUGAUCAGUCGACACAGCAUAGUGAAAAAAGGAGAUCAUCACACCAUCAAAUAAAAGAAACUAGCCAGCGAAAUAAACAAAAGGAAUCUGAUUCAAUUGCGACACUCAUGUCACCUGAAGAUUCCUCACACUUGUUUGAAAAGAUUGUGUCAUCACGUAAGAGUGUGGCUAAAUCCUAUGGGUCACCAUACAUUCAUGAAGGAGUUUCCACAGAUUAUCACUCCUCGCCAGAACGAAGGGUGGUUUCAUCUAACAACAUUAUACAGAAGUACACCAAAAUGAUAAGUGCAACAAAAUCGGGAUCAAAGAUGUCAUAUGUGGCUUCACCGGCUCUAACUCCAAAACAUUCACAAAAUUCAUUGCUGAGGAGAAGACUCUCAUUCAAUAAAGACUUGGGAUCUGAUAAGGAGCAAAAAAGUUCAAUCAAUAUUCUACAGAACCGGGAAGUUUCUUCUGUACAUCCACUGUUCGAGCUUGACCAAAGUUCAUCGCCAACAAAUAGUGAAAUAUUUGUCGUUAAGCAACCAAAAGAAGCAGUACAGAAUCAAGACUCGAGCUGGCUGUUUUCCUCUCCAACAGCUUCAAGAAUCAACCAUCCUAUGCUGAUAAAGAGGAAAUCGAGUGCUAAAAAAGAAAGUUCAAAACGAAAAUUGACAUUAACAGAAAGAUUUACACAAAACAGAUCUUCAAAUACUGAAGAUUUCACGAGUUCCAGUCCAGAAAAGAAAGCAAGAUCUUCUGAAUUGGAAGAAGUUUCUUUGGCAAAACAACGACGUUCCAAAACGAAACAAAGGCUAGAUUUUUCAGAUCAAGGGCAAAACAGAAAUUGUCCCUCAUUGCCUAUUAGCAAGGAAAGGGUUAUGCCAGUCGCUAAAAAGAAUUUGAACUUCUCUCCAGGAUCAAGCGCUCUAGAACACCAUGAAUCCACAUCUUCUCACAAAUUACAGAAUAGUCGUGCAAUAUUUUCCUCCAUGUUGUCACAAAAUAGUGGAAUUGACAAACCCAGUCUUGUUGAUUAUUCACUUUCUGAUGAAUCAGACAAUCUCACUCCUGUGACUGUGAAAAAGAAGCGAGGGAGUUUAUCAGACACUAGGAAUAAAAGUAACAUGGAUGAGUCCAGUUAUAAGAAAAGAAGGCUUCCGAAACGCAGACACUCUUCACAACGUGUGAACUUAUCAGAAGAUAAAAUUUGGGAGGAUGCUUUAAAUGUAAACACUAAUGGGAAAGUUGUGCCUACAAGCAGACGCGUGUAUCUUGAUGAGAGAGCCAGAUCCAGAAUAUACAGCGAUUCUUCUGCUGAUGAGGAACUAGAAUCUCAGAUAAUUGAGAAGCGAAAAACACCUACGCUUAAAAAGAAAUCUGCGAAAAACAGUACGCUGCCUCCAGCUGGUCGAAGACUCGAGACUCGGCCAAAAAAACAAAAGGCUAAAAUUCCAAAUAGCAGGUCAUCUUCUCUGCAUAAAAACUUUUCGGAAGAAUCUAUACAGAAUGAUAGUGAUGCCCUGCCAACAGGAAGACACAAAAAUCAGCAGAAGAAAAAUAGAUCCAGGAUAUAUAGUGAUUCUUCUUCGGAUGAGGAGAAAGAACCAAUAAUGACGACAAAUAAAAAAAAAUCAACGCUUAAUAAGAGAAAGUCUGUAAAAAAAAAUUCGCAAUCUACUGCUAAUCGCAAACUCGAGAAACAAAAAAAUAUUCAAUCUAGAAAUCUAUCAGGAAAGCAAAACGUUUCAAGGCGAUAUGUGGAUGAUCACAGUGACUCUUCUAUACAGGACGAAUCCAGAAAGGAAAAUAAUCCACAGCAAUCCAGACGUAGUCAAAAACAAGAAAGCAACAAUGAGACAUUUUCAUCUCUCCCCGAUCAUCGAAAAAAGAAAUCUGCAAAAACAAAUUCUAGGGUCUCACAAUUAGAUAUGAAUUCUUUACGAGCCUGGUUGGAUAGCGGUAAUAGUGCAAACAACCAAUCAUCUUCAUUCACUGCAAUACCCCCUGGUCCAUUUAAAUCACCUAAAAAUUAUCCAAAAAGUCAAACAAAAUCUAAAGCUGCUACCAAGGCGCAGAAUAUGGAAACCACUGUCGUUACUGAUGAAGUUGAUGAUGAUCAUCCACCAUUGCCAAGUGUUGACGAAUCUUCAAUAAACAUAUCAGUUUCCCGAAACAGAAAUGUACAUGCUUUACUGAAGCAAUACGGUCCUCCGUCUUCUACACCCAGGGUGGAUAAACGAGCUAAAAAGAGAAUAAGGAAACAUCAAUCUGAUAUUUCAACAGAUUUAGCGAAAGCUAUCGAUAUCCUCCACUCUGAUACUGAUGAUUCCAGAAUGACAGAUGACACAUACUGUGAAAGAAAAAAACCCAAAAUACCCGAUAUAUCGCUAAAGGGAAAAAACAACAAUAGGAAAACAAAUCCUAAUAACAAAGAAAUACAUGUGUCGUCUUUUUAUCAAAAUGAAGCCCAGGAUGUAACCACUGUUGUUGACGAAAUUGUUGAAGAUCCUGUUGAUACUACUCUCGUGCCUGAUGAGAGUCAAGCUCACGAACGCACCCAAACUUCUCAACGAAAUAUUUCUCGCACCCGCUUACAAACAAAAAGAAACUCCAAUGUCAGUGGUAUGCAUACCCGAAGCAUGGUUAUUGAAAAUUCACCUAAAAAAGGAACUGUCCCGAAAGUGCCGAAAAAUAUUUUGGAAAAUUUGAGUAUUUUGGAACCGAUCAUUAUACAAAGAGAGCGAGAUAUGCAACAGCCUGAAGUAGAUGUUUCUAAAAAGAAUCGUGAAACUGCUGGAUCUGGAAAACAUUCUAAGGGUAAUAAAAAAUCAGCGACAACCAGUAAAAAGGGAAAACAGAAAAAAAGUUCAAAUGAUAAACAAGAUAAAAUCAUUAUUCCUGUCAGUCCGGAUUCUUCAAUUGACAAGAAAAUAUAUGAUCGCCGCGAUAAAACACCUGUUUCCAGUCCGAAGCAUACAAAUAAAAAGAAAAAGGCUGUUAAACCGAAGAAAAAACAAAAGCCUAAUGUAACGCUUGGUACCAGCAAUGAAAGAAUUGAAGAUGAAACAACUCAAAGCACUAGCACUCAAAAUCGGUCUCGAUCUAAACCAAGCAACAGAGGGACCAAAAAUAAAUCUAAGAGGACAAGACUCAGGGCACAUGAUGACUACCGAUUGGCGGCUUCAUUAGACAUAAUCGUCCCGCCCACAAAUCAAGAAGAUGACGGCUUGAGACGGAGUAAGCGUGUACGCAUGAGACCCUUGAAACCGGGUGAAACCAAAGUACUUGGUGAGAGGGGCGAAUUGCUUGGAGUCCAAAAAGACAAUGAAAUCAUCAAGAUAAAUCGUGAAGAGGCUGGCAUCCUGCAUAUUGAAUCAAAAUUUCACGAACCAUCGGGAAAAAGGAGAAUGAAAAAAGCGAAUUCAACUAAAUUGGUUAAUACUAAAAAACCAAAGUCAAAGAUUAAAAAAGUUAAAAAUUUAACUUCAACGAGUAAAAAUCAAGGAGGAGAUCCUGCGAUGUCUUGGUUUGAUGACAUAACCGCACCUUCGUCUCAGGUUUCAGUCAAUGAAUCCGUUGACCCUGCUUCCAUCUCUGAUGCUGGUUUAUCUUUUUUUAUUCUUGAGGGUAAAUCGGACAACUAUAUUAAAGUUGAUGCUUCCGCGAUGAUUUGUAAUGAUAGUGGAGUCUUUGGAAAUUCACCUGAAGAACCUAUUUAUGUGGAGGACGGGGUUUGGGUAACUAAAGGCAUUAGUUUUCAUAGUAUUGUUCAAGGAAAACUGAUCAUUGAACCGAAGAAAACUAAAUCCUCGCGUAUUGUUCAUUGUAUGCAUAUGUGCUUCUUCCUUGUCGCCGGUUCUCUGGAACUUGUAAUUGGUGGUGGUAAUACACGCGUUACAAUCGCUGAAGAUACAUAUUUCCGGAUACCAUGCAGGAAUCAAUAUUCAUUUUACAAUCCUCAUGACACAAUUCCAGCUAAAAUGUUUUUCGCUUUGGUAAAAGUGCCCGAUACAAGCCAAGAUGGUAUUUAGGAUUCAAAAAAGUAAUUUUUUAUUGAUGCAAUUGGCUAAUAUAAGCUAAGGUGAAGGACAUUUACGUCUCAAAGUAUGAUAUCUAGAUUAAAUUAAGCACAAGACACUGUGUUAGCCGUUAGGUAUUUCUUUCAUACAGUGUAAACCUCUUUCCUUGUGUGUUCUUGCUUGUGCAUGGUUCUAGUUUUUCAGUUACAUUCAAAUGUACUGCCAUUUCUGCCUUUCUGCAGAGUGCACAUUUAUUUUUAUCUUGUUUGUAAGAUCACUUUAUAUAGUGUUUUUUAGGUAGUGUAACAUGCACCUUUCUAUUUUUUAUAUCGCCAUGCCAACCUGGCAGUGGCAGUGUCAGACUAUCUAUCUCCAUUCUUUAAAUUAUUUUACACUUUUAUUUUUAAAAUUUUUUAAAUGCAGAACAGCUCGAAAAGAAUUAAUCAGUUUGCUUUGAAAAAAAAGUAGUUGCUGCUCAUUGGAACUCCUUGGUUGAUACAUAGACUGCUGCAUGGCCACUGCUGAAUUUAAUAAUAUUGCUACUUUCGUCUCAUAUUUAUAUUUCAAUUUUUUUUCAUGUUGCGUUUGGAAAUUUCAAUAAAGUAACACAAACUUA